AUGGUGGCUUCCAGGGCAUCCAGCAGCCCAUCGUCAACUAAACCCCCUGUCACCCUCUUCCCAGCCCCCUUCCGCAGCCGUCAUUGGCCCACCCCAACAAGUCGACGACUGUUUCGGUCUCAAUCUCAAUCUCACUCACGUCAGCGUGAGAAGGACCUCGCCAUUUCUAGCGAGCGCGGUCGUCCUGGCGGCCGUGCCGACAACCUGUUUCCAACGGAUCCCCAUCUCGCCCGACCUUCUCCCCUCAACCCCAUACCGGCCGCCGUAGAUGCCCACGGCAACCCUCUAAUACUGAGCCUCGAACCCCCAAGGCCCGCCUAUCCCGGAACCGGCUCAUCUUCUGGACAAGCCGCUGUUGUUGCUGCUGCCGCCUCGAAUAUCCAGCGCCAGCCAGCUCGACCCUUUGACGGUUACCAAGCAACAACCUUGCAUCCUUCGCCAUUUCGACCCCAAAAGGCUGCUGGAGCUGCUAAUCGUCCUCGUCGGUUAUCAGCUGUCCGUCUCUGGAAUCCUACAAAUUCGACGCCUAGGCCUCAUACCAAGCCCGAAUCCUCGCGUAAACGUCGUCCCUCGACCCCUCCACCACCAGCCAUUCCCCUCAAGCACCCGACAUUCGACACCCGAGCACCGACCGAUCCCAUAGGUUCUGGACCUAGUGAUUAUCCUCUCCUUACGCUUUCCGAACAGCAUCAGAUAAGGCAUUCUUUGACGCCUCGUGCAAGCCUUCAAGUUGAUAGGGCCGGCAGCAGUGAUAGGCGCAUAAGCCUACCGAAUUCUGUGCGCGCUUCUUACGACGAGAAAGGGUCUCGCAGGGGUGCAGUGUCAGCCGAAGAACCUCGCCUGAGCAGGGACCUGUUUGCUCAGGAGACCGUGGUGGAAGAUCCAAUUGUCAAGAUUGACAAGGGCAAAGGGAAGGCUGUGAUGAUGCCAGAGACCGACAAUUCUAUGCCGUCUUAUGGCAAGGAUCUGGAGCGUGGUCCUGACAUCAUGGACCCGCGGAUCUCUAACGUCUCGGCUGGCGAUGGAAUAGGAUCCGCUCUGUCGACGACAAAUUCUUCUAUUAUGGGCGAAGAUGUCGAGCCCGAUGCAGCCGGCGAAUGGGGUCCUCAGCACCCUUGCUAUCCUCACCUCAACCCUCAUGUUCCCGUUGACUCACCUGAAUACGUCAACACGCGCAUCAUUCGAAUACGACGCGACUGGUUGAUCAAGGGCGAUUUAGCACCGACGUUUUCCAACCUAUACCCAGAGAUUCUGGACCCUGCUGGUCUAUCCGAGCAAGAAUUCCGUCGAAUUAUCGAGAAGCUUAACGGCGAAUUGAUUCCUGCUUUCGACCCUUACGGCUUGCGGAACAUAAUUGAUACCCUCCUUGGACUCGUCACUGGUUGGAUCUGGGAUGAUAUUGGUCUCACUGGAAUCAAGUCUCGAUUGAACAGUCUCGAAAAGUGGAUUGAACAAUGGAAUCUUGAGAUGGAAAAAACCAUUGGCACUGAAGAUGGUACUAUUCCACCCAAGAUCUUGCCGCUGCGGCAAACGGGCUACAUGACUCUCGAUAUCCAGAUUCCUGAUCCAGAGAUUGCACCAGCUCCCAGUACCACGAACCCCAAUGAUUCCAGAACCGCCCUGCCUUUGGAGCCUCCAUCUGCUGUUGUUUAA